AUGAGAGUCAUUAGUGCUCUGCUCACUACCCUUCCAUCUCUAGUAUGGGCUGCGUCACUCCCAAGCCCGGACGUGGGCAGUCGUUCAGCACCAGAUGUCCAACCUCUGCAGCAAAGUGCCAAAACAAUCAGUCUAUCGCAGGUUGAGAACACGAACUUCCAGCGCGAGGACCCUUCAGUGGAACUUAUCCGAACGUUUGUGAAGUAUGGCAAGCCUUUGACUCCGGCUUUGUCGGAAGCGGUUGAGCUCAACCCAGAUUUGAAUGCCAAAUUUAAAUCAUACAGUGGCGGUGGUGGUGAGACUGGAACUAUCAAAGCAUCCCCUCCUGCGCUUUUCGACAUCCAAUAUGUAGUCCCCGUUUUGAUUGGGACACCGCCCCAGAAGACAUACUUGAAUCUGGACACGGGGUCUGCUGACUUCUGGACCUUCUCGACCGACACAUACAAGCCACUGGUCCGAAACCAAACCCUCUACAAACCCAACUCUUCCAGCACCAGUAAGCUCUUGAAAGGCGAGGCAUGGAACAUCCGGUACGGGGAUGGAGCAGGCGCGAGCGGGAUCGUGUAUCAGGACCGAGUCCAAGUCGGCGGCACAUUCUUCAACAAACAAGGCGUGCAGUCUGCGGUGCAGGUGUCCUUUGAAAUCUCCAGGGACAGCUUCGCCUCGGGAAUCAUGGGUAUGGCCAUGAAGGGCAUCAACACCGUCCGACCCACCCAGCAACACUCGUAUUUCGAGAACAUUCUCGACAGCCUCAAAGAACCGGUCUUUACCGCCAACCUACAGAAGGGCAGGCCAGGAAACUACAACUUUGGCUACAUCGACGAUAAAGAGCAUAUAGGGAAUAUCACAUAUGCGCCUCUGCUCACCGACACUCCUUUCUGGGAGGUGAACGUCACGGGCUAUCAGGUCGACGGCAGUCCAUACCAGCCAGUGGUGUGGAAUGCCCUUGUGGACACUGGCACUUCCCUGCUCAUUCUGCCCGAGAACAUCGUGAACGAAUACUACACAAGCGUCGAGGGGGCAGCGUUUGACCCAAGACGUGGAAUGAUGCUCUUCCCCUGCGAGGUGCAGCUCCCAGACUUCUACUUUGGUAUUGGGGACUACAGAGGGAAGAUCCCCGGCCACUACAUCAAUUAUGGGAAGGCCGAUCCCUCAUACUGCUACGGAGGAAUCCAAGCCACGGAUAUCCAGGGCCCAUCGGUGCUUGGUGACAUUCUGCUCAAAGCGCAGUUUGUCGUUUUUGACGGGGGGAAGAAUGCAGUUGGAUUUGCUAAUAAACAGUUGCUGCCUCCUUCCAAGAUUCUAAACGGAAUAGGGGAAUAA